GAUCAGACGGAGCGGGGCAGGAGGGGUGCUCUGCAGGUCCCCCCACGCCAUGCCUGCACACAGGAAGGGGCCGCAGGUGCAGUGCUCCUCACUGCACAGCAGCCGCAACGCCCGCCCCAGAGCCCCCGUCUCCCCUCAGCUCCCUGCCUCAGCAGGGCCUCGCCGCCAUCCUGCCCCACCACACAUGGCGCCCAGCCGCAGCCAGGGGAGGCCACGAGUGCCGCUCGUCUAUGUCAACACCUUCGGCUCCCACCGCUGCGGCUCUGUCAUCCGCUAUGGCAGCAGCUGCCGAGAGGCUGAGGCGGGCCGGGAUGGGCCCCUGUUUUCCCAGCUGAGCCCCACAGGGAAGGCUGGGAGGCUGAGGGGUGCCCUGGCACCAAGGAACAAGACCAGCCCUGUGCCCGCUGAGGGAGGCAGGAGGCAGGUGGUGAGGAGCUGUGGUGGGGUGAAGCCUGUCAGCCGCCAUCACGGUGACCUUCAAGAGGCCAACGCUGACACCUUCGACUUUCCCUUCCCUUCAAGAAAUGUUGAUAAAGUAAUUAAACGAAAGAAGCAAAAGUCUAAAGUCUGGCCUAAGGUCUGGAAAGUCAUUUCAAAGAUGCUUGCAGAAAAUGAAGAGUUCAGAAGUCGACUCUCAACUUGCAAACAGUUUAAUGGAGAAGGCAAUGAUAUGAGCCAAAGUUCACAGAAUGAGCCAUCCUCCCUGGACAGGAUGGUUCUGAGGGCAUCAAAAAGUUACCUGCCAACAAUUUUCAACACUCUGAGCAAAAGUUAUUCCAAGUUAAUUUUUAUAUAUAGCAGAACCUUAUUCGUAAAACCAGAAAAACUCUCUUGGCUGAAAUUCACUGUUGAAGUUUGGCCUUAUGCAGGGGUGUGAUACAGAAAAUUCCAACCCACGCAUUAAAACCAGGAUCUUUAAUGGACCAUGCAAGGUGAUGUUAGUACCAGGUAGUUUCAGCUGCCUCACCUCUACUCCUUGCCCCAUGGCACUUCUUGUUCUAAAUACUGACCCACUGCACCAUGACCAAGCUCAUACCAACGCAUUCAGCACUGCUUUAAGUGAAUUUUCACAAGAGCGCUCUGAAAGGCUUUAGUAUGGAAACAGUUCAUGUCUUUUAGGAGUAUAUUUAGGUCUUGCAGAGGAGCUGCAAGCUGUGGGGGCAGAUUCC